AUGAAUAUCAGCGAGGCUAAUAAUGACAGCUUAAAGGGUAAAACGCCAAAGAAGGGCAUUUUAAAGUCACCGCCACCGCCAUCGAAUAGAUUUCCCUUCAUUUCACCGAUUGGAGACUUGUUCGAGAAGCUGAGCACAAAAUCAACAGAAGAGCAGCAAGAACCCCGAGGAGAGUCUAGCCAGACGAGUCAAUCCACCGAUGGCACCUUUUGGGGCGGUUUCAAGAGGUUGCUCGCUGAUGGACCAUCUGAAGCACUCGAUACGGCUAAAACGUUGCCGAAUAUCCUCCAGCAGCAAUCAUCCGCACAUAACUCUCCACCGGCUUCUCACUCUGAACCUUCUUUCAAGCGUGUGGCGUUUCACCUUCCUGCUAUGACGGUCACUUAUCCAAUCCACGCCAGCCUUCCACCAAAGGACUCCCAAGAACACAGGCAGCAGGUCGAGAAUGCAUACAGGGAACAGCUUGCAGCCAGAGUCGGUGGACAGGGGCAUGCCUACUGGACAAAUGACAACGCGAGAGCUUUGAUUGAGCUUUACAGGGAUAGUUGCAGGAUGCGGGAAGAGUCACCCCGAAUGGAGCUCGUAGAACAGCUGCGCACGUCAGCUUCAAUGCGCAGUACCCGCUCCCUUGAUCUUUCUGGUCUCCAUUUGAGCAGAGAGGCGGUUGAGCCAUUGGCUGAUGUACUCUCCGUCGAUUGGGGCCUCCAGAGACUUAUUUUGGAAGACGCAGGCCUCACAGAUGACAGCAUGAAGCCAAUUCUGCAUGCACUCCUUAUUUCUGGAUCGCUACCUUGGUUGAGCCUGGCAAACAACAAAAGCGUCAAGGAGAAAGGAUGGAAGUACCUCUCUGUCUUCAUACGCAGAGCCCAUCAUCUUGCGUAUGUUGACCUUUCGGAGAAUGUUAUCGACAAGAAGAGUGCAGAGUGCAUCAUGGCCGCACUUGCAAGACAGAAUCUGCGUCAUGAUGAUCAAAAUGUACCUAGAGAAGCUCAAGAAACUGAAAAUCAUCAUGUAUCAUCUGAAAGUCCUCUUAUCCCGUCACCCGCUCUCUUGCGCUCGACACACAGAGAGAGCAGCCUCAGUACCAUCAGACUGGAAGGCUGCACAUUCAAGUCUGGCGCCCUUGAGGCUAUCGCGCAAGGACUCAAGAACUCUGCUCUGAUGCACCUUUCUUUAAGACGCAACAAGAUAUCCCCAAAUGGCGUAGUCUCUAUCGCCUUGAUGUUGAAAGAUUAUGCUGAUGCGCCCGUUAAUACGACUGAUCCAUUCUCGCGGUCAUCAAACGUGCCAACACGCGGCUUGCUCUCAUCUUUCAAGUCCCAGCAGACCGGAGCCGAAGAUGAUGCUCCUGUUGUCUCCAGUCCAUCUGGCAGUGUGACAACCCGCAAGAUACCAGCAACAACGAUAGCACCUAACGGCGAUAUCCCUCAGGAACAGUUCAGCUCACCCCGUCUGGAAGACUCCCAGGAUAGGCUUGACCUUGGUAGCCAUCAUCUCCUCAGACACGACAUUGGCAGUGGGCUUAUUACACUCGAUUUGAAAGGCAAUGACAUACGCUCGGGUGUUAACUACAUAGCUACCGUCUUGAAAAGGAAUAAGACACUCAAAGUAUUGAACUUGAGUGAGAAUAGGAUAGAUUAUCAUGGCUUGCUCUCAUUAUCUGAGGCAUUGAAACAUAAUCACACUCUCGAGACAUUAGAUUUGAGCAAGAACCCUUGCUGUGGUCCUGAAUCAGAUGGUAUAACAUCGUUGAGGACGUCCUUCACCGUCAAUUCGAACAUGAAGCGGUUGUUUUUGGCAGACACACAGAUGCAAUCUGAGGGUGCAAUUGCGCUGGCUGAGUUCCUCCCAGAAGCAAGGACGCUCUUGCAUAUCGACUUGACGGAAAAUGAUCUGACGAUGUCCGGCUUACUUGCCCUUUCUGUCGCCGUGAAAAUGAAUGAGUCACUUCGCUGUCUCGACAUUAGCAUACCAAUUAAUGAUCCAGAGAUGGCUCGUCUGAGUCAAGAUAUACUCCAGUCAUGUAUCCGCAAUACCGAAGCUGCUCAAGAGAAGUCUGGCAAAGGCAAGAGCCUCUUCGGACCAAUUGAGCGCUCACUGCUAGCUAAGAAACUACAAGAAGCGGAAGUACAACAGACAACGGCUGCCGUUGUUGCCGCGGCGGAGAGCCCUGAAGGUAUGGCUCGCGCUAGUGUCUGGAAUAGGACGCCGUCGGAGGUACUUCUCACAUCGCAAGAAAUCACCAAGAGCUUCACAGGGGUGUUUGCGAAAGGUGACAGAGAUGGCAUACAUUCUUAUAUCGACGCUAGGCAGUUUGAAGUCCAAGCACUCAAGGAUCGCUUAAUGGAAUUGAUAGCCGAGGGUAUGGUCGACACUGAGGAUGAGAUGAAACUCGCUUUGAGUCUUAACGAUGAUCUGGAAGAUUUACUUAUCAAGAUAGACAACAACAAAAAGCGAACAACGAUACGCAGUCGGAGUGUGAGUAUAAACGAAGAUGAGAUGUCAAAUCCACACUUCCAGAUAAUGGGUUCUGAUGAUUCUGAUGCUGAGUCAAUCCCACUCGAGACCACGCGGCCACAAUUAGCAAUAUCGACAGAUGUGAAAAGUGACAAUGAAGAGGAAACACCGAAACCAAGUGAGGAUCUCAAAAGUCCUACUUCUGAUCUCAGUCGUAGCCAAUUGUUUGAAGAAGGUGAAAUUUUCCGUAAGGGUACGGCUUUACUCGAUGAAUCACGCAUUGAUGGCGAGGAAGACGGCGAGGCUCUCAGGAAAGAGAUUCUCGAGACUGAACUCCCAAAUCCACCACCUAAAUCACCUACAACGCCAUAAAGGAUCUCUUGAAAGAAAAAUAGUCAAAUAUACCAAUUAUAGUCUUUUCUUGCUCAAGUAGUUUGAAAGGCGCACUUUAAUAUUUACCGCCCUGUAUAUUCUGC